ACACCACACCAGUCAUCAUACUGCCCAUGCCCAGCAUCAGCAUGAGCUGCAGCAGGACAAGAACGCAAACCUGCUGCAAAGUGAAUCCCUCACGACCCAUUCGACCGGUGGCGUUACGCUGAGGGCGACCGCACGACCGAAAAGGGCCACCCGACGCAUGCAAAUGGAAGCCACCAUCGACCCGGACAUGACGGACUCAAGCUCGCAGAGUGACGAUACGAGCUGCGGUAGCAGCCGUACGGGCAGCCGGGGCAGUAACGGUGGCCGCUCGGGUCAGGGAGCGGCCGGCAAUGGGAGCAGCAGCAGCAGUGCCGCCCGACGCCGCAAAGGUGCCAUGAACGCGAAGGAACGGAACUUACGGCGGCUGGAGUCGAAUGAACGCGAACGAAUGCGAAUGCACAGCUUAAACGAUGCGUUUCAGUCACUGCGAGAAGUCAUUCCGCACGUCAAAAAGGAGCGGCGGCUUUCGAAGAUCGAGACGCUUACCUUGGCGAAGAACUACAUCACCGCGCUGACCGACGUUAUAAUAGUGAUGCGCGGUGAAGGAGAAGCGGCGGCAGCCGCCAAUGCUGGCCUCCCGCUUCACGCCAGCGCCACGCUGCCCACCAUUACCGACGUCGGCACGGUGGCCACGCUAGCGAUGCAGGGCAACUGUCUCACGGCGAUCCAGAGCAAAGCGCAGCCGGAAGUCGUGGGUCCGUGUCACGCAACCGACGUGGAUCCGAUUUCCACCUCGCUCGAUCUUAUAUCCGCGUCCGUCGUCGGUACAGCGCUCGACUGCCACGAGCGUGUCCUGCAGCAUCAUCUCACGCUUCCGCCGCAGCACCACCAUCAGCAGCAACAGGUGCAGGAUGGUAGCAGCAGUAGCACCAGCAGCAAUGGCCACGGCUCCACCACCAGCACCACCAGCAGCAACAGCAGCAAUGGCAGCAACGCCAGCAACGCCAGCAGUAAUGGUGGCAACGCGAGCAUCAGCAACAACACCACCGGCAGCAUCAUUGACGUGUCCGGCGUGGCGGCGGCGAACGGCCACCAUCCACAACACCACGGUAGCAUAAACAACAAUCACCUUAAUACCCACCAUUUCAAUAACAAUAGCGCUAGCAGUAUAGAUAUCGAAAACAGCUUCUACGAGGAUCCAUUUCAAAUGAUGUAAUCCCCAGUUCUCGACCGUCGGACGAAACAGAAGCGAAAAACAAAAAUCGGA